CAACCUCUCAGCUACUCGCUCCUGCACAGCAGUGGUGUGGCCGCUCUGAACGCAGUCUAACGGGAAGAAGAAAACACUCAAAGUGAAGGCCUCUAACGUGUUCACAGCGACGACGGAUAUAUAACACGCAUAUAACUGUUUUCAAAUCUUAGUUCCAGUUUUUUGUAUUUGAUAGCCUUGUAAAAAAAACAAGAAGGUUCAUAAUGGCGACAGCUGCGGUGUCUGCCCCUGCUGGCCCCAGCCCCGGGUCGGGAACGGAGCUAGUCCGCGGCCAGGCCUUCGACGUCGGGCCUCGGUACAGCAACCUCUCCUAUAUCGGAGAGGGAGCAUACGGGAUGGUGUGCUCUGCCUACGACCGUGACAACAAAAUACGUGUGGCCAUUAAGAAGAUCAGCCCUUUUGAGCACCAGACCUACUGCCAACGCACCCUGAGAGAGAUCAAAAUCCUUCUGCGCUUCAAACAUGAAAACAUCAUCGGCAUCAACGACAUCAUCCGCACACCUACCAUUGACCAGAUGAAGGACGUAUACAUUGUCCAGGAUCUCAUGGAGACCGACCUGUACAAGCUCCUUAAAACUCAACACCUGAGCAACGACCACAUCUGCUACUUCCUCUACCAGAUCCUAAGAGGGCUGAAGUACAUUCACUCUGCCAACGUCCUGCACCGUGACCUGAAGCCCUCCAACCUUCUGCUCAACACCACUUGUGAUCUUAAGAUCUGUGAUUUUGGUUUGGCUCGCGUGGCUGAUCCUGACCACGAUCACACUGGGUUCUUAACAGAGUAUGUAGCCACUCGUUGGUACCGAGCACCUGAGAUCAUGCUCAACUCCAAGGGCUACACUAAGUCCAUAGACAUCUGGUCAGUGGGCUGCAUUCUGGCCGAGAUGUUGUCCAACAGGCCAAUCUUUCCUGGGAAGCACUACUUGGAUCAGCUCAACCAUAUUUUGGGAAUCCUGGGCUCUCCUUCUCAGGAGGAUCUUAACUGCAUCAUCAACAUUAAGGCCAGGAACUAUCUUUUGUCGCUGCCUUUACGCUGCAAAGUGCCGUGGAACCGCCUCUUCCCCAAUGCUGAUCCCAAAGCUCUGGACCUGCUGGACAAGAUGUUGACCUUUAACCCUCACAAGAGGAUCGAGGUGGAGGAGGCCCUGGCGCACCCUUACCUGGAGCAGUAUUACGACCCAACAGAUGAGCCUGUUGCCGAGGCCCCAUUCAAGUUUGACAUGGAGCUAGAUGACCUACCCAAAGAGACACUGAAGGAGCUCAUCUUUGCAGAAACUGCACGUUUCCAGGCCGGCUUUAGGUCCUAACAUCUCAAACAGAUGUUUCUGUGGACUGGCUCCUGCGUUGCCACCGCUCCUCCUCACCUCCACACUGUUGCUGUGAUCGUUUUUAUUUUACUGGUUUUUAUUUUCCCUCUCCUGUCGUACACAUCACCCAUCACCUUGGGUCUCACUCGUCAAGUCCGCUCUGCUCAGGAAUGGCGUCAGGAAUCAACCAAUCAAUCAUUCUCUUCUCUUUUUCUCUCUAUUAUCUCUAUCUCUCUGUCCCUGGGGUGAGGGGCGGUGGGGAGGUUUACAUCACAGCUUACAGUUUUGGGGGGUGAUUUUGUGUUUUAAGCCAAGAUAAACAUUUGUUUUUGUUCGUCUCAAAGGUUAGGCUCUGGCUAUACCUUUACAAGACCUUUUUAUGUCCAAUGGAAUGAGGUGCAACUGUCCUGAUGGUCACUCCGCGUUCAUUGCAAAAACAAACAGAAUAUCACUUAUAAGAAUCAUUCAGCAUAAAGAAAAGGGGUCUUUUUGAAUUUUCUAUCCUUUGUCAUACUGUUACAAGGGAUUCAUUGAUCUCUAUCUUUUUCUCUCUUUAUCUUUUUGCUGAAUUAAUUCAACUGAUUUAUGCAAUGAAAUAACAUAAUCAGCGACUUUACAGGCCAAAAGCCAUGACUUGGUGUUGAUGAGGAUCUAUAUUUUAAUAAAGACCUAUUUGAAUCCUCAACACUCACUAGGCCCAAAUGCAAAUAUACAUAAAAAUAAAGCCCAAAGAGUCUUAAGAUAUGUUAAGAGUGAGGAUAGAUGGGGAAUCAGAUGCAUUUAUAGCCUUUUUUUAAUCAAACACAAACAAAAGAUGCCCAUCUUCAUUUCUCAUUGGCUUUGAUAAAAUUUCAGGGUUGUGUAUAAAUGCACAGAUUACAAGUGCAUUGAAAGAUUUUCACCAUCAAUUUCUGCCUUAGCCACAAGCAACCUAAAGGAAAUGUCUGUUUAUAUCAUACAAGUCUGUAUUUACACUAUGCUGUUUUUAAUAUGGGAGAUCAUUUUCCGCAUUCAGACAACAACGCAGUUAUCACAGAACUUGUUUUUGUCUGGAGGAAAUGUUGUCGUGCCUCGUCUUUCUGUUACAUGUUUUCUUUUUUCUUCAUCUCCAUUGUGUCAAUUCCUCUCUCGCAAGCCUUGUUAGAAUAAUACUGUGCCCUUUGCAUGACUGUUAUAAGCUCUGUAAACAAAGACAACGAUGUUAAGUGCCACACCAGCCAAGGGACAGCGCCCGGGCUCUUUCUGUUCCAACUUUUGUGGUAUGUCACACUAUCCUAUCACAUGGUGCUUUUUGUCCUGUGUCCUUUUUUAGCUUUAGCAUUUUCUGUGUUUAUGUGAAUUCAAUUUACAGGUCGUAGACUCCUCAUUUUUAGCCAAACUCCAUCCUGCAUGCUAAGGCGUCUUGUUGUGGUUGCAAAUAGGAGAAUAACCAUACAACUGUAUUUAUGCCAACCACACAAAAACAACGAAACACGUUUCCCAAACGGGACAAAUGGGAUCCAGGCAUAGUACAGUUGAAAAAAUACCAGAUCGGGUUUUCCCAUUUAGUCCAUUGUAACAUUUCUUUUUUUGCGUUGAAUUGCACAUUUUCAGGCUGAUAACAGUUGGCAGUGUCAGUACCUGCUGACGAAUGCUUUUCAGCCAAAAAAACACCACACAGCUAAAGUCUAGGCCACACUUUCCUUUCGUAUUUGUCAGUUACUGCUGAUUUAAGACUGUUGAAUUUUUAAAGAUUUUUUAUUUUAUGCAAAAGGAACAAAGUCUAAAUAUAUGUGUCAGAAAAAAACAACCAUGUCAUUUUAAUCUGAGUAGCACUGCAGUGUCACAUCUGCUUGUUUCUCAGUAGUUUCCCUUUUGUCGUUUACAGUACUGCAGCGUCUAAAGAAAAAACAUUUAGUGAUGUGUGAGUGACUUAAACAAGAAGUAUUAUUCACAACACUAAAAUGAAAUGCACUCAAGCCAUAACUGGUCUUCAGACCACAUCCAGCUGUGAUGUCAUGCUGUGCUGACUCAACGUUGAGUACACCUCUACAUCACUGCAGCCAGGGGAUGUUCAGAUGUUGUGAAGAAGUGAGACUUCAGAUUAACCUGUGAUAAUCAAAACCAAGAUGGCUCACAGGCUGAGACUACAAAUGUGUGUACAAAGCCUUUUACUAUGUAAUAUGGCCCUAAUUGCCAGCAAAUAAGAGAAAGACAGAUAGAUUUACAACAAACUAUUAUUUUAAUCUGUCGAUCUGACCUUUUAUUAAUAUGAUCGUUUGGUCAUUUAAUCGUGAAUUUGCCCAUCACCAGUUCCCUGAUAUAUAUAUAUUUUUUAUCUCACCAAAAGUUGAAAACCUGGAGAUAAUUGAUAUGAAACUCUGGAAAACAGCAAAUCCUUUUAUGUUAAGAAGCUGUUAACAGCAAAUGUUACGUAUUUUUCCCUAAUAAACCAUUAUCAGAACCUUUUAAAGAUUAAAGUAAUCAGCUGAUGCUUGAAUCAUCAGUGCUAAAUUGGUCCACUCCAGAAAUGAUUGCAACAAUACCACAACAGGCAGAACAAAGGUGAGAUACAAAAAUGUGCAAUAUUUGUACGUUUACGGUUAUUCAUCAAUGACAUUAAUCGUGUCAUAUAAGUGCAAAAUUACACAUGGAGCUUUUAAGAGAAUAUGAGUAUACAACAGCGGAAAAUAUAAAGUGUAACCCGAAAAUAUCAUACAACAGAUCAGUAUACUGUUCAACACACAAACAAAAAUGUGUUUCCAUCGACAGAUUUAAUCAAUGCUGAUGACUAAAUAUGAAUAAAAUACCAAAACUCCAUUGCAGAAAUUAAAAGUUUUUGCACACUCAAAUAUCCCCUGUACACUCACUGAACACGCCUGUCUGCCACAGGAUGAUUAAUGCACUUGCUUCUACAGUAGUUGGGAUUGGGACUUGUAAUCCGAGGUGCCUGCUGGGAUUUGACUUUCCUGUAGAUAGUGUUUAGUUGUUUCUUUUUUUGAGGGGUGGGGGGUUCAAUUAGAACAUAAAGGGCACUGGAAACCUUAAUGGGAUUUGUUGUAUAAAAAAAGCUUCUGCUGAGUUCUUCGUGCAACCUGUCUGUUUGUGCCUUUUUUGAUGGUCUUGAUAUCCGAGAUUUGAUGUGCAGCUUUUGUUCAGUCGGAAUCCGUUUGUAAUCGCAGUAUACGCUCUUAAAAAUGAACACAAUCACAUCUGAGGGUGGGGGUGGGGGGGUGUUAAUCUUUCUCUUCAGUUUUGUACAUUUUAAAAAGAUGUGUUGCCACAGAUGUGUGAUUCGUGAUUGUAUUGAAAAUGAUAAAAAGCAAACAUUUACAUUCUUUUGUGUUACCCUUUUCUUUUUUUGGGGGGGGGGCGGUGUUUAGUGCUGAUAUUUUUUUUAAUGUAAAAUGAAUGUUCUGUUUCUAUCAGACACUAAUCUUGUUUGAGUUGUCUCCAGUAGAACUUCUUCACUGUAUGUUUUGAAAAUCAGUAUAAACCUUUAAUUGUGUAGUUAACAUUUCUGAAAGAGAAAAAAAUAAGAUCCUUGGUUGUAUUUUAAAGGUUCCGCUAUGACCUGCGAUAGACAUUGUUUGAAUUGAUCGGUCAGUUUUAUUUUGCUGAUGUGUGAAGGAUUUGACUUGAACGAAGCAUUUCUUUGCUACUAUUAAAGACUGACUGCCACUUUGAAAA